GAAGUGAUCAGAGAAAAGAAAAGCGAUCAAUAUGGAGAAAAGGGUUUUGUACGGUUUGGUAGUAAUACUAAUGUGCUUGGUUGGUAAUGGCUUUUGUCAAGGGGAAGUGCAAGGUGAAGAAGUUGAAUGGGAACGCUUGCUUAUGAAUGCCCAACAACCCAUAUUGCUCACGUUAACGUCCUCGUUGUGCGGUGUUCCCUGCGGUAUAGUAGAGGAACAAGUAAACCAACUCGCCAAAACCUAUGAUAACCGCAUUAUAUUCUACAAAGCCGACAUUUUGGAGAAGCCAUUCUUUUCAAGACUCUACAAGGUGGUCAAUGUCCCGACCCUUAUAGUCUUCAAAGGUGGAAAAGAAAUAAAGCGUCUAGACAGUGGUUUCUACUGGGGUGCAGUACAUGACCUAUUAUUCAAUUUCAAGGAGAACAUAUUCUAUUAUGUCUCGUCCGACGAUGAUUCGUCUGACUCGUCCGAUGAUUCUCCGUCGCCCACACUAGUAAAAAAACUCGUCAUAGCCACGAAAUAG